UUACAUACAUACCAAAUUCACUUUCUUUAUAAUCUCUAUUUUCUUCCACAGUUUCGUGGAGAGAAUUAUUAUAGUUUAAUAAAAUAAAAAAACCUAAAUUUUUAGUGUAAUCGAUAUAUACAAAAAAUGGUGUUAACUAACGAUGUUACUUUGCCAGAAGAGUCCGAAUUAACGGUCGAAGAAGUAAAUUUAUCGACUGCCACUUUGAGAGCAGGUUCUUUCCAUUUAGGAAAAUAUUGUGAACAAGCAAAUAAUGAAUUUAUGCUGUGUCGUAUUGAGGAGAAUGACCCUCGUAAAUGUAUUAAUGAGGGUAAAGUUGUAACGGCUUGCACUCUUGAGUUCUUCAGGAAGGUAAAGAAGGCUUGCCUUGCCGAGUUCAAUCAGUACGCAAACUGCAUUGACAAGAGCUCUGGUGACUUUGGACUAGAACACUGCCGCAAGACCCAAGGUGUCUUUGAUAAGUGUAUGCUGGAAAACUUAAAUCUUGAGCGCCCUCCGUUUGGCUACUUCUGUGAAGCAAGAGUUCACGAUACUAAGAGGCCUAAACCACCAGUUGAAGAGAAGGCCGUCUAUCCAGAUGCAACACCAGCUCUGCCCGAUGAUGUCGAAAGGAAACCAGCGCGCUUCGGUUCCCGACUCUACUGGAUGACCGAAUAAUUGCUACAUUUGAAACGUACAAGAGGGACAAAAGAUAUCCUGUCUCACUUGCACCUAGAAAGUAAAACAAUUUCAGUUGCUACACGUUUUUCUUUUUUUUUAAUAAAAUCAAGGUCAGCGGAUUGAUUUUUUAAUGUAUUUAUUAAACUCUUUUGUUUUACUUUUUAAUCAUAUUAGCAAAUAUCUGUAGUGUAAUAAAAUGUUGGCAAUA